AUGGACGAGCGCUAUUUGGAGACAAUCCCAGAGGUCGAGUCUUUGUACAGUCGCCGUAGUAGUGUUGCGGCCAAUCUGCCAGAAUUGCCUUUUCGUGCAGUCCCUCCCAUGACCGAACAAGGGUCGGCCUAUUCUAGCCAUGCUGUCUUCCCGGCGAAGACCACCUUCUACUCUACACAGCCCUAUUCAGAACCGACACCGACACAUGGUCGGUCCGGCUCAGAAUCUGGCCAGAAGGCUAAUGUCUCGCCCAUCAGUACUCAAGAGUCAUUCACUGCCAAUGGCUCAGACGCAUCCCUUGUGUCUCCCAUCGACGCUUCGUUUCCCACUUCUACCCACCCCUUGCAGUCGGAGAAACCAACAAGGAGUCAAAUUCCUCGGAAGCUACCCCUGCCUACUCUGCAAAAGUCGCCAGAUGAUAUCCCCAAGAAAUGGUCCCUUCGGCCGAACACCAAUGGAGAGACCCGUUGGGAUGAGUAUUCGGGUGAACCAAAUCAGGCAGGAAAACCGCCUUCGGCCAGGCCAGGCGCAGCACCGCCCCAGGAACAUCAAUAUCCUCAGCUCAAAGAGAGGACGCGACAAAUCCUGGCCGGUCUCAAAGAGCGGGAGGCGGUUAAGAAAGCCACAUGGGGAGCAGUCCCUCCGUCGGCCGAAUCAGACUCUCUCGACAACCCGGUGCAACGACCCCCGUGGAAAGGCGCCAGUGGGAAGCAUGCCAUUGUGGAACCGGUCAAGAAUACUCCGGCGGCUCGAACUCGACCGUUGGUUCUGCUGGAGCGCAAAAACAAGGCCGAUGGAGGUGAAGUAGAAGACCAAGUGACAGCCAGAGGCAAGGCUCUGGAACAAGCAGAACCAACACCGAAAUCUCCCAUCGACGCCGUCUCUGUUGCUGCUUCAAGACUCCCGACUAUCAAGUCGACACCCUCAGAAGAAAGCAUCAAGCCUCUGGCACCCCUCAAGGGAAGAAACACCCCACGGGUCCUGUCUUUGACACAAAAAGCGCCAUCUCUGGAGAGUCCAUUCCAGAGUCCUGGCCCAGUUCCGCCCCUUGGUGAAAUAGCCUCCAGUCAUACUCCAGGCAGCUUCCAGGAGAUGGGUGCGGACAGUCCUACACUUGGCUCAGCUUCGAGUUUCGUCAGACUAGAAAGAAGUUCAAGCCAGGAGUCUGCCGAAACCACGGUGAGACAGCCACCAUUCCAGCGCGAACCGGACACGUCCUCCAGCUGGGAUACAUACGCAACAAGCACAGUCGAAGUGUAUAGUCCUGCCCCUCGAAGUCCGAUCCCUAGAGCUCAACUCACGAGCAGUCCUGAUUCGUUUGCCGGGCCACCCGCAGCCGUACCAGAGCCCAUUGUGCUCCGUAAACGAGUGGCGGCCAACAACAGUGGGUAUAGGAGUUCCGACAGCUACGGUGGCAGAUCACCCUUCUCUGGCAUCUCCGCUCGGAAAUCCACUUCUACCAUCCUCCGCAAAGCGGUCGGCAGCAACGACAAACCACGUGCGGUGAGUCUGAUGUCGAGUCUAUCGGCCGGCAAAUCUCUCCCUCCUACCCCGGUCGAACUUGAAGCGGCCGAUAAAGCGGCAUCUCUUCAAGCUAGACUGGAAGAUCUCUCACGGAGGAAACGAAACUUGAACAAGAUCAUCUUCGAACUCCGAGAGUCGUUGAAGAAGAACGCUAUCAUCUAUGACGCCAGGAAACGCAAGGAAGUCGACAAGAUGAUCAUCAACCUUAACCUCGAAUUGCAAGACAUUGCCAGUGAAGAGCACGAGACUGCACUGAGGCUACAUCGGGUGCAGAAACGGAGGGAUAAGGAUGAUUUCUAUGAAGAACCUACCGGGCUGUGGAUUAAGAGGGUUACAAGCUGA